GCUGAGAGCCGAGGCAGGGAAGGGAGGCAGGGGAGCCGCGAGGAGCCCGUCGCCCAGCGGCUGAGGGGGCCGAGCGGCCGGGUGGACGCCGAGCCGAGGCUCCCCACACGGUUCCGUCCCGCUCGGGGCGGCCGAGAUCAUGUAAAGCGGCCCCAGCCCGAAGAACCAGCCCCGGACGACGGGGGAGCAACUGCCGCCGGCUUGUGAAGGCCCCGCAAGAGCGCCUGUUUCUCUCUCUGUGUUGUGUGUUUUGUGGGGAACAUGGCGACGUCUAAUCUGUUAAAGAAUAAAGGUUCACUUCAAUUUGAAGACAAAUGGGAUUUCAUGCGCCCCAUUGUUCUGAAGCUUUUGCGCCAGGAAUCUGUCACGAAACAGCAGUGGUUUGAUCUAUUUUCGGAUGUGCACGGCGUUUGCUUGUGGGAUGAUAAAGGCCCAGCAAAAAUACACCAGGCUUUGAAAGAAGAUAUCCUUGAUUUUAUUAAACAAGCGCAAGCAAGAGUGCUGAGCCACCAAGAUGAUACUGCAUUACUGAAAGCCUAUAUCGUAGAGUGGCGUAAAUUCUUCACGCAGUGUGAUAUCUUACCCAAGCCAUUUUGUCAGUUAGAGAUUACUCUCAUGGGCAAACAAGGCAGCAAUAAGAAGUCCAAUGUAGAAGACAGUAUUGUACGAAAGCUCAUGUUAGAUACUUGGAACGAGUCCAUAUUUUCAAAUAUAAAGACUCGCCUUCAAGACAGUGCAAUGAAGCUGGUCCAUGCUGAAAGGCUAGGGGAAGCAUUUGACUCUCAACUUGUCAUUGGUGUUAGAGAAUCGUAUGUUAAUCUGUGUUCUAAUCCUGAAGACAAACUCCAGAUUUAUCGGGAUAAUUUUGAAAAAGCAUACCUUGAUUCAACAGAGAGAUUUUAUAGAACUCAAGCCCCUUCGUAUUUGCAACAAAAUGGUGUUCAGAAUUACAUGAAAUAUGCAGAUGCUAAAUUAAAGGAAGAAGAAAAAAGAGCACUACGGUAUUUAGAAACCAGGCGGGAAUGUAACUCUGUAGAAGCGCUUAUGGAGUGCUGUGUGAAUGCUCUGGUGACAUCUUUUAAGGAGACAAUUUUAGCUGAAUGCCAAGGCAUGAUCAAACGAAAUGAAACAGAAAAGUUGCAUCUAAUGUUUUCAUUGAUGGAUAAAGUUCCUAAUGGAAUAGAGCCUAUGUUGAAAGAUUUGGAAGAGCAUAUUGUUAGUGCUGGAUUAGCAGAUAUGGUAGCAGCCGCUGAGACUAUUACUACUGAUUCUGAAAAGUAUGUAGAACAAUUGCUCACAUUAUUUAAUCGAUUUAGCAAGCUGGUUAAAGAAGCUUUUCAAGAUGAUCCAAGAUUUCUUACUGCCAGAGAUAAGGCAUAUAAAGCUGUUGUUAAUGAUGCCACAAUAUUUAAACUUGAAUUACCAUUGAAACAGAAGGGUGUUGGACUGAAAACACAGCCAGAGUCCAAGUGCCCAGAGCUGCUUGCGAAUUAUUGUGAUAUGUUGUUGAGGAAAACACCGCUUAGCAAAAAACUAACCUCUGAAGAAAUUGAAGCAAAGCUUAAAGAAGUGCUAUUGGUGCUCAAGUAUGUGCAGAACAAAGAUGUUUUCAUGAGAUACCACAAAGCUCAUUUAACAAGACGUCUUAUAUUGGAUAUAUCAGCAGAUAGUGAAAUAGAAGAGAAUAUGGUAGAAUGGCUGAGAGAAGUAGGUAUGCCAGCAGAUUAUGUAAAUAAGCUGGCGAGAAUGUUCCAGGAUAUCAAAGUAUCUGAAGAUUUGAACCAGGCUUUCAAGGAAAUGCACAAAAAUAAUAAACUUGCCCUACCAGCGGAUUCUGUGAAUAUCAAAAUUUUGAAUGCUGGGGCCUGGUCCAGAAGUUCUGAAAAGGUUUUUGUUUCGCUGCCCACGGAAUUAGAAGAUCUCAUCCCUGAGGUGGAAGAGUUCUACAAAAAGAACCACAGCGGCAGGAAACUUCAUUGGCAUCACCUUAUGUCCAAUGGAAUUAUAACUUUUAAGAAUGAAGUUGGCCAGUAUGACUUGGAGGUAACAACGUUUCAGCUGGCUGUGCUUUUUGCCUGGAACCAAAGACCCCGAGAGAAGAUCAGCUUUGAAAACCUUAAACUGGCAACAGAACUCCCUGAUGCUGAGCUCAGGAGAACUUUGUGGUCACUUGUAGCAUUUCCAAAGUUGAAACGUCAGGUUUUGUCAUAUGAACCUCAAGUCAACUCACCCAAAGACUUUACUGAAGGAACCCUCUUCUCAGUGAACCAGGAGUUCAGCUUAAUAAAAAAUGCAAAAGUUCAAAAGAGAGGUAAGAUAAACCUAAUUGGCAGACUUCAAUUAACUACAGAGAGAAUGCGAGAAGAGGAAAAUGAAGGGAUAGUCCAGUUAAGAAUAUUACGGACGCAGGAGGCUAUCAUCCAAAUAAUGAAAAUGAGGAAGAAAAUUACUAAUGCUCAGCUUCAGACUGAACUAGUAGAAAUAUUAAAGAACAUGUUCUUGCCACAGAAGAAAAUGAUAAAAGAGCAGAUUGAAUGGCUUAUAGAACACAAAUAUAUCAGAAGAGAUGAAUCAGAUAUCAACACUUUUAUAUACAUGGCAUAGCUUGAAGACUCUCUUACUGGAAGAUGCCAAGGAAAUGUGCAUUGGAGGUGGCUUGAGCAGACAACUACAAGAAAAUGAACUGUGCUGAGAAAGGACUUGUUUGACUUGCAUUACAUAUUCAAAUCCCUGCCUUACCUUACCAGAGGACUUUGUUUUGCCAACCUUUUUUUCAGCUAGCAUGAUGGCGUUCCCUUCAUGUUGCACAGGUUUUUAACAGCAUGCUGUUUUUGUGGGGAAACUUUGCAUUCAUUGAGAGCCCGUUGUGAUAUUUUUUUAGAUUUCAAUUGUACCCACCUGGAAGAGAACAGAUUUGGGGUUUCUAGAUGAACAGUACCUUGCACAAGGAAAAUAUCUUCAAAACCCAUGCACUGAGGGUUGACACAUUUUUUUAAAAG